AUGAAGUUAAAUCUUAAAUACACCAUCGUACUUGUUAUGUUUUUACCUUUCAUUUCGCCACGGUACGUGAAUUUCUUCCGAAAAGAUUAUACAUAUUUUGAAAAGUUUGAUGCGUUCUAUAAAUUACAUUGGGAUUUGCGUGGAUCAUCGUGGAACUCAGCUUUCCUGUCAUGUGAUGAUGAAGGAGCUAUACUUUUUUAUCCCAAAAUUAAAGAUGAAUGGACUUUAGUAAAGAACUUGACGAACAGAAUGGAAAAACCUCCAAAUGUCACCAAUUUAUUUGUCGGAGUACAUGACGAUUUCGGCUUAGGAGAAUUUAUCACAGUUGACGGAAAUUAUGAACGCGGUAACUGUAUUCUAAUGAACAUUGAUACUGGCCUGUACACGGUUGGUGCUUGUGUCAAUAUUAAACCAGACAUGCCAUUGCCUUAUGUUUGUAAAAAAGUCCACGACGAAUCAUGUCCUACUAUAGACAAAGACUAUAAAUACAUUAAAUCCUUAAAAAAAUGUUACAAGAUCAACAAACGAAUGAAAACCUGGAACGACGCCAUGCUUACUUGUCUUAUGGAAGGAGGUUUAUUGACGGUUAUUCAAAAUGAGGCCGAGGCUAAUGCUAUCUAUGAUCUCUUAAACGUAUAUUCCACUUAUCACGUUGGUGUACGUCGGCUCUCGUCUCGUGGAGAUCACUACUCUCUUAAAGGUCAGAACUUGGAUGAUAUCUAUCAUCGGGAAAAGACAGGAGUUAUCAUACAAACAGAAGAUAUCAUACAAAAAUUUGAUUGUGGAGCGGUAUAUGUCCAACAAAACAACUACCUCAGUACAACCACGAAUGUGUGCAGUGAUCUUCUACCCUUCAUUUGUGAAAUGGAAGUUAAUGUAGAAGGAUAA